AACAAAGACGUGCUCGAUCUGAUGCACUCCGGUAUGGAGUUGAUUUUGGGUGUUGGUUUCAGCGUUGGCUUUUGGUCGAAAGUUGUUGUUUGGAGUCUUUGAAAUAGAGGAGAAAAUGGCGGCAAACACAUGGCAUUUUCAAGUACGAAGUUCGUGCUUCGAUCAAACCAAGCAAAAUCCCUCAGAGAAAUAAGGAAGCCCAUCUACUACGAAAAACCAUUCUGUAACCUACCUCAACCACCACAUGAAGCCCAGCUACUACAAAGACCCAUUCAGUAUUCUCUACAACAACAGGAAGCCCAAUUACUACAAAGACUCAUUCUGUACCACCCUCAACCACCACAUGAAGCCCAGCUAAUACAAAAACCCAUUCAGUAUUCUCAACAACCACAGGAAGCCCAAUUACUACAAAGACUCAUUCUGUACCACCCUCAACAACCACAGGAAACCCAACUACUACAAAGACUCAUUCUGUACCACCCUCGACCACCACAGGAAACCCAGCUACUACAAAGACCCAUUCUGUACCACCCUCUAAACCCACAGGAAACCCAACUACUACAAAGACUCAUUCUGUACCACACUCAACCACCACAGCAAGCCCAACUACUACAAAGACCCAUUCUGUACCACCCUUUAUCACCCCAGGAAGCCCGAGGCCAUCCCCAAGAAGAUCUAGUUUCUUGACAACACCCAACCUCGUCUACAUCUACUCAGUGGUUGGGACCCUAUCUUUCAUCAUUUUCUUCAUGAUAAUCUAUUUCAUUGCCCAAUGUCUACGGCGUGCUCACCCUGUGGUAUGCUCCUGGCCACAAGUCAUGGAGUUAAGGACCCUCCACCCUUGGUUUAGCAUUGUAAGCAGUGACUCACCUUUGACAAAAGUUGUGCAAAGCAGCAAUGAGGAGGUGAUUUUUUCUUCACCUGCUAUUAAGUUUGCUAAAUUUUUUUAUUUAACAUUAAUCAUUCAUAUCUCGAAU